AUGGAUAUUACCACACUUCUUAAUGUCAACGAUAUUGUGUGUGUCACAGAAACAUGGUUGAUUUCUCCCCCCCAAUACUGCCCCCCCUACAACUUUAGUUUGAUUACGAGCCAAGCAGUGAGAACGGCAGAGAGAGGAAGGGCGAGCGGAGGAUUACUCAUAGCGCUAAAUUCUCAAUUGAAUGAUAUAUUUACUUUGAUCAAUAAUGAUUAUCCGAAUCUACCUUUGUUUUUUGGAGGCGACUUUAAUGCUAGAGUAGGUGACUUAAAUCAAUUACGCGAGGAAAUGUUUCCGGAAAAUGCACAUAUUACACCAUUUAGAUCUAAUCUAGAUAAAUGUAUUAAUAAGAGAGGAGAAGAGUUGGUGUCGUGCAUGGAGGAUAAUGGAUGUAUAAUUUUGAAUGGUAGAUCACCGGGCGACUACCUUGGUCAAUACACUUAUAUUUUAAAUAAAGGAAAAUCGACAAUUGAUCUUGGCUGGAAUCGGCUCAAUAUGAACGGAGGAAAAUUGUAUACAUUAUUUGUCGACUUCAGUAAUGCUUUUCCUUCCGUCUCGCAUAGUUUGUUAUGGAAAAAAUUGUACAAAAUGGGAAUGGGCUAUAAAAUAACUAAAAUUUUAAUAGAUUUUUAUUCAAAAGCCACUGUUGCUGUCCAAAACGAUGGGGAAACUUCUACACCUGUAAAAGUAACUAGAGGUUUACUCCAGGGAGAGAAGAGCAGUCCUAUUCUAUUUUCAUUAUUUAUGGCUGAUUUAGAGGACUUUUUAAGGGCGGAAGGAAUAAGGGGGGUUUCCAUGGGGCAUAAAAAUGAAAUUAUUUUACUGGCAUACGCAGAUGACAUUGCAUUGUUUGCGGAUUCCCCCGCAGCAUUAAAUAAAUUAUUAAGAGCUCUUCUGAAAUACUGUAUCAAAAAUUGCUUAGAGGAAUUCCGCAAUAUUAUACCUCGUCUUCUGAAGAGGCCUUAA